AUGACCGGGGAAAGUGGUGUUGCUGGGAACUGCCCAAAGGUCCCCUCAUCUCCGCAGGAUGAGAAGAUGACUCGCCGAGAACAUUAUAUGGCCUUAGCUGGUUGCGCCUUAACGGGUACGAUGACCUUAAUCCCGUUUCAGUUCGUCGCAGUAAUGCUACCUGUUCUCUCGAAUCACUUCCUUGAAGGAAAACAGCUGGGCAACUCUAUGCUUGGGUUGUACCAGCUAAUAUGCGUGAUCAGCCUUCUAGUAAUUCUCAAGAUAGGAGCUCUCCACAAGUGGCUUAUUCAAGGGGGGCUCUUCUUAUCAUUGGCGUGUAUGGCCGCUUUACCUCCAGUGUUCUUCUAUGGAGCACUAAACUGCCGUAUUGCCUUUGCUCACAUAAUUCUAGGCCUCUUGGGCGCAUGCAACGGGGCUUUACAGUCUUCUGGGUUUGCUAGAGCGGCAAUUCUGCCUCGGAAUUAUGUCGGCACAACUUCUAUAGGACAGGCAGUUGCAGGUUUAGUGGCCUUCGUCGUUACAGCCAUCCUUAUGAAUGGAGUGUUCGACAUGGACAAGGAGAUUGACGUGAAGUGGUUUUGCAGCAUAUGUUGCGGCAUAUCGGUGCUACUGUGCGUUCUUUCAAUGAUGUACAUGCACUUUUUCCUGAACGCGAAGGUAUGCGUACAGUCUGUGAAUAACGCGCUAGAAGGUAAAUCAGAUGCAAAAACUGUACCAGAUGACACUCCCACAAGUGUUGUUGAUCUGGAGGAAUCGAAGGUCAGACAGAGCAGUGGACCUGCCGGCAGUCAGGACGAGUCGCUGUUACCGCCAAGACCUUGGCUGACGAUGAUAAAGGGUUCAUGGUGGGAACUGCUCAGUCUAUUUUUAGUGUUUUUCAUAACAUUUUCUCUGUUUCCCAAAGUUGGCCCCGUUUCAUUCAACUUCGAAGGAAAAAGCCCAUCGAAGAUGGUGUUGCUUUUCGGCAUGGAAUUUGUAGGCGAUUUCUUGGGCCGAUCCUGUCUAACACUCCCGAACUUACAUUCCGCAUUUGGUUUUCUGUUUCUUCCGCGCAAUGGCACCAUCAUUGCGUCGUUCUUGCGCCUAAUCUUUUACGUCCCCUUCCUCAUGGCCAUGAAGAUGGAGAAUGUUCCGUUUAUAAACAACUUCGUGUGGCUCAUGAUCAUUCAGCUUCUCCUCGCCUUCACCCUUGGCUGGAUCGGGACUCUGACUCUCAUUCACUGCUCCCUAUCUGUUACCCGAGUUUCCGAAAAGGCUCGCAUGGGAUCUCUUUCUACUAUAGUUCUUGCUGUAGCCAUAGGAAUUGGCCUAUAUGUUGCUUUGGCAUUCUAG